GCUAUGAACGCCAUCGGGUCGUGAAUUGUCAUACUGUAAACAAAUUAUUCCGGGGAAGGACGAGGCUCUGCUCCUCUAUUAUCUAUCUCCUUCAUUCUCUCCACUAAAGGUGUCAAAAGUGUCACUUCUUUCAGCCUAAUGGUGCAGAUCCGAAAUAGGUAAAGCUAUAGGUAUAGUCUUCUACAUAUACCCAAGACUAAGAUCCUCUCCCCCAACCCAAAGUUCAACGAGCCAAGCCAAGCCAGAUCAACAAGUUCAAUCAAGCCAAACCACCACAAACCUCACUUAUGGCCUCUGAUCUCUUCCUCCCAGAGGCUCCCCCCCUCAGCCCAGCCUGGCUAGCCUACGAAAAGUCCAAGGGCCACGUCGAAGCCCCAAGUCCCCAAGAAGACAUCACCCCCGCCGACGCCCUCCGACUCCGCCAACGCAGCUACGCCAAAACCUGUCGCGACCGCAAUGAGCGUCUAACCUCCCCCACCGGCCCCUCCCACGCCCUCCUCUCCAACAUCCAAACCCACCCCGACUCCACCCAAUCCCCCGACGGCGCCACAAUCCACCUCCGCAUCUACAUCCCCACGUCCCUCACACACCCCCAAGACUUCAUCAUCUACUACCACGGCGGCGGCCUCUGCGUCGGCGACCUCGACAGCGAGGACCUCCAGUGUCGCCGCCUCGCGAAGGAUCUAGGCAUCAAAGUCGUCUCAGUCGAGUACCGUCUCUUCCCCGACCACUCCCCCGACACCGCCGUCGCCGACGCCUGGGCCGCCUUCAUCGGCAUCGCGAAGCUGUGGAAAUACAACACCGACCAGGAACCCGGCCGCGUCUACAUAGUCGGCAGUUCCUCCGGGGCCCAACUCGCCGCGCAAACCGCGCAGCGCGCGCGCGGGACUCCAUAUCUCAUCUCCGGGCUCGUCCUCCGCUGCCCCGUCACCGUCGACGCGAGUAAAGGCGGUGUCUCGAUUCCGCAGCGCUACGAGGAUCGCCAUACCAGUUUCAGCCCGUCGUUCGGGACGAGUCUGCUCGGGUUUGACGCGGAUAACCAUCUCCCCAUGGCGAGGGAUAUGCCGUUGAACGCGGAGAGUUUCGCGGGGAUGCCGCCGACGUUUCUGCAGCUGUGCACGAAUGAUAUUUUUUACAGCGAUGGAGCGUGCUUUGCUGAGGCGCUGGGGGAGGCGGGGAAUGAGCUCGUGACGGAUGUGAUGGUGGGGUGGCCGCAUACGUUUUGGUUGAAGGCGCCGGAGCUGGAGGAGGCGGGGGAGGCGGAUGGGAGGGUGAUUGGGUGGUUGAGGCAGAGGGCUGGGGCGGAGUAGAGGGGGUAAAUGGGGGCGUUUUAGAUGAGAUGAGAUACCAAGAGUGCGAUAGAGGGAGAUACCAUACAAGGGGCUGGCACCAUUUGUAGGUGCAGAAUGAGAUUUGUCCGAUAGCCAAUGCAAUUCAAUCAUGAAUCAAUCCAUUCGUGUCAGAGUGCAUAUGUAAAUAGUUUGAUAACGACCAUUACACUAGCUAGUUACUUCUAAUUCACCGUCGUGCC